GGACGCGACGCGCCUAGAAACGCACGGGCCGUAUGAAUGUAUCCAGCACCCUAUUACUCAAUUCAUUCAACAUUGUCACCAGUCCACGUCUAUCGUACUAGUUAGGGGCGCACAAUUGAUUGUGCUUCGACCACUUUCCUCCCUCCGUCGUGUCUCCCAAUGCCGUGCCUAUCCGACAGGGAUCAUUAAGAAGCUGCAUUUCCAACAUGGCGCCGUCGACUCGAUCUCGAAGCACCACGAGAGCCUACCGGUCCUCGCCCGCGCCGACCCAAGUACGCUUUCCCGCUCGGCGUAAAGCAAUCAGAACCUACGGCCGAGGCCCGUCAUCCGCCAGGUCCCUGAGACAGCAGACCCUGACACAGAUCGACUACAUCCAGCCAGUCGACCCGGAGCCCCCCCUCCUGAUGCCGGCCGAAGAGGAAGAGAGGCCACAGAAGCGGAGAAGGACCAUGGGUGACACGCCAGGUUCCUCCUUUCAUACGCAGACCUUGACCCAGCUGCUCUCGGAGAAAGGUGAAGAAGAUGAUGGGCUGCUGCAGAUAAGGGACUCCAACGAUGAGGACGGAUCAGAGAUGGAGUUUCCAGAGGUCCAACAGAGAAACACCCAUGGCAAGUCUCGGGACCAGGAAACGGACGACGAUAGGGCGAUUUCAAUAAUACCGCAAACACCCAGUCACAGGAAGAUAAUAGUGGACUUGACCGAGGUCCCAUCAUCACAGUCGACACCGGCCACACCGGCUCCCAAUAAAUGCUUUAUUUCGCCGAUCCGCUCUCCUCUGAAGGAGAAGUCGCUCAAUGCUAAGGCUCCGCCACCAUCUCUGGAGACACGAAUGAAGAGACCGCGCGGUCUUGUCAUUCAAGAUUCUUACAGUUCGGUGAACGGUUCCUGGUCGUCGGAUCAAGUGCAGUCGCCAGCAAAAAUAGUGUCACCGGCCCAGGCAAGGCGGUGGUGGCCUGAUAUUCCGCCAGCGAGCGUAGAGCUGAGAGAGACAAUGACGAGGAACCACUCAGUGGUAGAAGAGGUCUCCGACCGAACCCCCACGGGAAGCCGUGGGCGCACUUUGACUGAGAUACCCGACUCGGACGCCGAGUUGGAAAGCCUCGGUCCUUCACCCGAAAAGCCAAGCACGCUGCCAAAAACACCUAAAGCACCUGGCGCCAACGCGGAUGAGACAAGGUUUGGAACGCUCCGUUCAUUGCGUGAAGAGACCCCUGGGGCCGACAAGGAUCCAUGUGAUGAGGAAGAAUCUACCAGCCCGCCUGGGACGCCCACUCCCAUAGCUCGAAGGGUCCACCUUGAUUUGUGUUCCCAGGAACUCGAAGAGAUGCCCGGGGAGAUUCGUGCAACUCCGGAGGCUGGCGAACGAGGCAAUCAAGCGAGGUCUCAGUUCCUAACCCAGGGUCUUGAAAGUCAACGGGUUCCUCUCGAGAUUAUCAGGUCGAUGGGACCUCAAACGGACCGAUCGGACGUCAUCCUCUCAGUGCAUCCCGGGCCGGCGGAGGACAUGGUAAACGGGACGAAGAACCACGAGUUUCGGAACUACAAAAUCCCAGCCCAAGUCGCCCGCAUCUGGAUCUACGUAACCCAUCCGAUAUGCGAACUGAGAUACAUGGCAAUCAUUGGACCUGCGGCGCAGCCAGGAGAAAUUGACGGGGAGAGUGGCCUCGGCAACGCCGACUUCAAUUCCGGGAAGAGCGGCUACAGGUUCGCUCACGAGCUGUUGCAAGUUUACCAGCUCAACAACCCUGUCUCCCUGCAGAUGAUGAAGGAGAAUGGAUGGGUCGGCAGCCCUCCACAGAAAUACGUCUACGUGCCCCCUGCUGUCGUGGGACAGCUCCUGGCGAAUCUGCGUUGCGCCCUUUUCGACGAAGAUCCGGCAGUGGAGACCGAGGGCAUGUCGAUCUCUCAGGAGCUCGAGGAGCAGCUGCGCAGUGAUAUAAUCCACUCGACCCAAUUGCCCUCGGAAGGACAUGAUGCCGUCAUGCCAUCAAGCCAGGGGCCGUCGUCGCCCGAGGUAGAGAGGCACUCGACAGCGCGGUUAGACGGCGUAUUCACGAAACCGUCGCUGCCGGCGAGGGCCCAGCACCAAUCGCAGCGGACCCCGACCAAGACGGCGGCGACGGCAUACCAAGCUAUCCCGCCGUCGCAGGCCACCACCGCGAGCGAGCCGUCGAGCCCGGCAGCGCACUCGCCCGAGAAGUCGCUCCGCAGGCCGGCGCUGUCCUCCAGCGGGCCGUCGUUCCCGGACUACGCUGAGGAUGAGGAAGGCAGCCACCUGAGGCAGGUGGGAGGCGGGCCGUUCUCCUUGGUCUCCUCGCAGCCUAUGCUGCCGGACAGCCUGCUGAUUGACGACGCGAGGCUACCACCGGUCAUACUAGAUUCGGAUGACGAGGGUUCGGAUGGUUGAUUUCGUGGGCACAUUGGACUUAGCGAUCUCCAUUUGAGAUGGAGGUAUAAUUUUGGGUCUUGGAUUGUUGGAAUCCAGGCCAAGGAACUUGCUUGGUCCGAGCGAUGGCAUAUCACUAU